UCGUUCUGACUCUAACAUUAGAGCCAAAGCAGAACAUGUCAGUGCUUUAAAGAACCACUGAAGAAAACCAUCCAGCUUUAUUAGUAUCACUUUGGAAACUUUGAUCCCGACAUGACGUGUCGUGGCCGAUGGAUCCAAAGACAAUGAGCUCUCCAUUGACCUAUAACUGCCGGGGCUGAUGGCUGCUCUGAAGAAUAACUCCAGUUACAAACUGUGCCAAACAUGUGUCACUGUGAAAAAAUCCCAAACCAGAAAUGCAACAUAACCUGGUGAGAGUUCCGGUUAGAGCCGAGCCAGAGCAGAGAGCGGCGAAGCCUCAUUCCACAGACGACAGGUCCAGAUCAGUCGCUCUUCUCCGAAGUACUUAGAGAAGUUAUUUAACAAAGAAGAUCCUCUCAACAGCACAGAACCCGCGUGUGCACAUGGCUGCUUCCAGCUACCGACUGAGUCAAGACCAGUUUGUGUGCCCCAUCUGUCUGGAUGUGCUCACUGACCCAGUGGCCACCCCAUGUGGGCACAACUUCUGUAAGAGCUGCAUCACUCAGCACUGGGCUGUCAACACCCCGUGCAGGUGUCCGAUGUGUAAGGAGGUUUUCUACAGCAGACCGGAGCUGCGGGUCAAUACUCUGAUCUCUCAGAUGGCCGCUCAGUUCAGACAAACCCAACCAGAGCCAACCCGUGUAGCAGCAGAGGAGGUUUCCUGUGACGUCUGCACUGGAACCAAACUGGGAGCCUUGAAGUCCUGCCUGGUGUGUCUGGCCUCCUACUGUGGAACUCACCUGGAGCCGCACCUGACUGUGUUAGGUCUGAAAAAACAUCAGCUAAUCCAUCCUGUGGGAAAUUUGCAGGUUCGGAUGUGCAUGAAACACGAUAAACCUCUGGAGCUCUACUGCAAGAUCGACCAGAUGUGUGUCUGCAUGCUCUGCAUGGUUUUAGAUCACAAGACACACAAUGUCGUCCCCGUGAAAACAGAAUACCAAGAGAAAAAGAAUGAACUGGACGAGAAAGAGGCUGAGAUUCAGCAGAUGAUCCAGAAGAGAGAGGUGAUGAUCGGGCAGCUCAAACACUCGGUGGAGGUCAGCAAUGAAAGUGCAAACACAGAGAAGGAACAAGGUCUUCAGGUCUUUGCUGCUCUGAAGGAACCCAUCGACCGAAGCCUGGCUGAGUUCAUUGAGACGAUCGAUAACAAACACCGACCAAUAGAGAAGCAGACCAAAGGCUUGGUUGCAGACCUGGAGCAGGAGAUGUUUGACCUGAAGAAGAAAAGUGAGGAGCUGAAGCAGCUCUCGUGUUCUGAAGACCACUUCCAAUUCCUCCAAACCUUCUCGUCCUUAAAGGAGGCCAAAGACUGGACAGGAGUUAGUAUCCGUCAGCCAUCAUAUAAAGGGACUGUGGCAGCGGCGGUGGCUGAGCUGGAAGAGGCGCUCAAUAAAGAGAUGCAGGUCUUCUUUGAGGCAGAGCUGAAGAGGGUCCAGCAGUAUGCAACCAAUGUGACACUAGAUCCUGAGACAGCUAACCCCUGGCUCCUCGUGUCUGACGACAGGAAACAGGUGACGUUCGGUGAACUUAACAAGAAUCUCCCCGACAACCCCAAGAGAUUUUCGUAUUAUGCCAGUGUCUUAAGUAAGAACAGUUUUUCGUCAGGAAGAUUUUACUUUGAGGUUCUGGUUGAGGGGAAGACGAAGUGGGACUUAGGAGUAGCCAGUGAGUCGGUGGACAGGAAGGGACAGAUCACACUGAGUCCUCUGAACGGUUACUGGACCGUGUCUUUGAGGAACGGAAACGAGUACAAAGCUUUCGCUGAAUCUCGCGUCUGUCUCCGUCUGAAGUCUGUGCCCAAGAAGGUGGGGGUGUUUGUUGACUAUGAAGACGGUCUGGUGUCUCUGUACGAUGUGGACACAGCUGCCGUCCUCUACUCCUUCACCGGCUGCUCCUUCACUGACAAACUCUUCGUCUUCUUCAAUCCCUGCAAUAGUGACUGUGGGAGAAACUCCGCCCCUCUGGUCAUCUGUCCGAUACAGAACCUCCAGUUGACGCAGUUAUACUCCAGAGUAAAAAACAGAAUAAAUAAUUGACAAAAUAUUUACUCCAGAACUUCAACUCAGAUCGAUGAGGACAUUGGAUUUCCUACUUGUCAUUGAUAAUCAUUAGAUAAAGAAUAGUAAUGUGAACUGUUUAUAGGAACUUGGCUGGAGGAUCACAUCUUUCUUUACCGUUGUGAAACAGGAUGUUUUAGACAUUUACCUUAUGAGAAUGAAUCAUGGAUCUUGAUAAAAAAAAAUACUUAAGGGAAGGGUUGGGCCUUUGCAGAGGUGUGAGCUCUACUGAGUGAGAUUGACGGGUCACAUUCUUCUACUGCUACAGGAAGAUCACAGAGACUGAGAUCAUCUAAGUUCAUGUCAUUACAAUAAGCACUAAAUUAUAUGUAAUGUGAAAAAGGACGAGAUAUGAGCAUGAUUCUCUCUCUGGUGCAAAGUGAAACAAAAGGGGGACAUGAGGAGCAGUGAUGGUUAUAGAAAGCUCCAGUGAUGCAAAGGAGAAAUAUUGUGAAUCGCUUUGGAUAAAAGCGUCAGCUAAAUGAAAUGUAAUGUAAAAUAAUAAGCAGGAGGAGAGGUGAUUGGCAAACAGCCCCCCCCCCCCCCCCCCUGGUUCACCUAAAGCCUGAGUCUCCUCCAAACAGCAUUUGAUCAUUUACAAUCAAACUGGUGAUUUAUGAAUGAAAUAUUCCACGUAAUCCAACACCAGGAUUAUUCAAAGAUUGAUUUGUUAGAACUGACAAAUACACAUUUUAUUACUCAGAACAAAUCGACCCACUACAAACUAUGACCACACAAAUACCAUGGAGAUGGGUUAGUGUGUCAUAAUCGAAACGAAAACCACCGGAGUCUUUUAUUUUGAAACGAUGACUGUUAUUCUUUGUGAAAUGAUUUUUCAUGUCACAUUAAAAUCAAGUCAAACUGCUGAA